CAUACAAUUGUCCAUAUUGUGAGUUAGAUCUGAUGAGGUUUUGGAUAAUUUUGAUAUAAUUUGUCUAAAUUUUCUAAUUGUCUAAAAGAAAUGCACCACGGAAUAACUUCUGUUCUCGGGCCAUAUAUAAGGUAGACCCUCUUGCAAAAUGGAUUACUGUUUUAAAAUGGUUCUUUAAUAUUCUCUGCAAAUGUGCAGGUUGAUUUCGAUUUAAUAUGCAUUUCUUAUGUUUCAAAAUUGGUAUCCGAAAUAUUUAUUUUAAAAUAUUUAUGAACAAAGAAUGUACUUGCGUAGAAAUUCGAUAUCAAUAAGAUUCCCCACCAUUUAAGAUGAGGGGCAGCUGUUUUAGGUCCGUGAUUUUGUUAAAUUUUUCGAACCAUUUGUUAUUAUUGAAAUUAAAAGAACGGUGAGUAAUUUGGAUCAAGAUUUAGAUUUAAAAAAAAACAGUUCUAUGGAAACUGGUUAGUAAAUUACUAAUUGAUUAUCGUUAGCUUUCACUUCUAUAAAAUUGGGUAAAACAGACUUCUUUGAGUUUCCUUUCCGAAGUAGGGAGCUUCAUUGCUGACAGGUGAACAACAAUACUUCAAUUAUAAAUUUAUUUUUUUAUGUUAUUUCAGAUGUCUGAACCUGACCUUUAUGACUUCAUGAGAAGUCGCAAUAUUAAAGAUGAUAUUAUAAGAACAUUGAUAGAGGAAAAGAUAGAUUCCCAAACUAUCAUUCACAUGUCAGAAGAGGAAUUGACAAAGUUUGUGCCGCUGUAUGGGGAUCGCAAAGCAAUAAUAGCGUUUAGCAGGGACAGAAAAGACACGUCUUGUGAAAAGAAAAAGAAGACAAAGACGUCGUUAAUGAAAAAACUUCGGGCAAAAGUGAAUGCAAUAAAGGGAGGGGCCUCUUAUAGUAGUGGAGAUGAGGAUGAGGAUGAAAAAGAGGUACGUAGUUCUUUGAGUAAGAAACUGAAAGGCAACAAGAACGCAGAAAAAAAGAAACGUCUUGUGGAUCUAAGCUGUUUCCAUAAUGACGGUGAUGCAUAUCAUCAGAUACGAGGAAACAAGGGCGGUGGCCCUAAGUCGUUUGACAUGGAAAAAUUUGAUACGAUGGGACAAGUAUUAGACCUUGCCAAACAGCUGUAUUUUCCAAAUGGACACAACGCAGUGAGAGGUAAAAUCACGGAAUAUGAGAUAAAAUUAACUGACACAUAUUUUCAAAACAUCGACUUACAGUCUACCGUGGAGUCCUGUUAUAAUCGUUUAAAGAUGAGACAAUUGAGGUUCAACUUCUGCACAGAAGGCACUACUAGUACAAUUGAGAGUGACGAGUUGCCACCUUUAUCAAUUCCAAAGAAUAGGAAUGCAACUGCUCAGAGUGGAGUUAUUGAAGUAAUGGAAAUUAUUGACUUGCCUCCAACCUGUUUAAGCAAACCUGAAAAAUCAAAUGACAUUUUUGUCACUAAUGAUUUUUAUAAUGCAGAACUUCCGGAUAUCCAAACAAACUUUGAUAUUGCUGAUUUUUCGUUCGACGGUGAUAUUGCAUUUGGUCCUAAUGUACGGGCAAGCAAUGUAAGCUUAGACUCGACAUUACCAUUAGAGAGUGGAAGUGGUGAUACUUUGGACAGACCAUUAGAAUUUGGAAAUGCUGGUACAGUGGAGAGAAAAAUUAUUCGUAUACAUAGGGCUUCAGCUUUAAUGGAUAUGAUAAUUCAUUUUGAAGAUCCAAACAUCAUGACUGUAGACAUUGAUGCCAUCAUGGUAUUAGACAAUGGUAAGGAAGAAGCCGGAGAAGGAGAUGGUGUUUUCAGAGAUUGUAUAACCCAGUUUUGGGAUGAAUUCUAUGAACAAUGCACAGAGGGUCGUAUUUUCAAGGUACCUGUACUUAGGCAUGAUUUCCAAAAGGAGGAAUGGAAAGCUGUUAGUAGAAUAAUAAGAAAGGGGUUUGAAGUCAGUGGUUACUGGCCCAUUUCAAUUAUGCCUGCUAUAUUCGAAGAGUGCAUUCAUGGAAGCAUUGAAUCAAGUCUGAUUGAAUUGUUUUCAGAUUACUUACCUGAAAUGGAAAGUCAGAUUGUUAAAAAAGCUAUUUCCAAUUUCAAUGAUGUGGAUCAAGAUGACUUCCUUGAAUUCCUUGAUAGUCAUUCUUGUAGAAAAUUGGUGAAUUCUGAAAAUGUCCUGCCAAUUAUUGGAGAGUUGGCACAUAAAGAGUUGAUUCAACAACCACGCUACGUGAUCGAAUGUUUCCGUUCAGAAUUACGACAGUUACAAGUCACUCCAGGCAAACUACAACAAAUUUAUCAAGAAAUGAAACCAACAUCUAAGGAAAUUUUGAAAUCCUUGAGUGUACCGGAAAACAUGAAAGAAGCGGAAAGGCUAUGUGCAGGCUUUUUAAAAAGAUAUAUCAAAGAUCUAGAUGGAGAAAAACAAAAGGCUUUCUUGAGGUUCUGCACAUGUUCAGAUGUCCUGUUGGGAAUGAAAAUAACGAUUGAGUUUUUUGAAUCUAAAGGGUUCACACGGUCACCAAUAGCUCAUACAUGUGGGCGAGUAUUACAAAUUCCAUCAACUUAUGACACAUAUCCUUCUUUUAGGUCUGAGUUCAAUUAUCUGUUGAACAGUAAGGUUUGGGUAAUGGACAUAGUUUAG